UUGAGAGAGUUGUUGUGGAUAUCUACUAUAAGUAGCGGCAAUAUGAAUGAGUCUUUCCUCAUAUCAAUCAAAUUAAGGAGGUCUUGCUAGCUUCCAUAUAUAACUCAUCACUAAAACUUCUAAUAAUUGAAAAAAAGUAAUUAAGAUGUGGAAGCUGAAGAUUGGAGAGGGAAAGAAUGAGCCAUACUUAUUCAGCACAAAUAAUUUUGUGGGAAGACAAACAUGGGAGUAUGAUCCAGAAGCAGGUAGUGAAGAAGAAAGAGCACAAGUUGAAGAAGCUCGUAAGAAUUUCUAUGACAACAGAUUCAAGGUCAAGCCCUGUGGUGACCUCCUAUGGCGUUUUCAGGUUCUAAGAGAAAAUAACUUUAUGCAAACAAUAGAUGGAGUGAAGAUAGAAGAUGGAGAAGAGAUAACAUAUGAGAAAGCAACGACAACGUUGAGAAGGGGCACACACCAUCUAGCAGCAUUGCAAACCAGUGAUGGCCAUUGGCCUGCUCAAAUUGCAGGUCCUCUAUUUUUCAUGCCUCCCUUGGUUUUCUGUGUCUACAUUACUGGACAUCUUGAUUCCGUCUUCCCACGAGAACAUCGCAAAGAGAUUCUUCGUUACAUUUACUGUCACCAAAAUGAAGAUGGAGGAUGGGGGCUACACAUUGAGGGUCACAGCACCAUGUUUUGUACUGCACUUAACUAUAUAUGUAUGCGAAUUCUCGGAGAAGGACCUGAUGGCGGUCAAGACAAUGCUUGUGCUAGAGCCAGAAACUGGAUUCGGGCACACGGUGGUGUCACAUAUAUACCUUCAUGGGGAAAAACUUGGCUUUCGAUACUUGGUCUCUUUGAUUGGUUGGGAAGCAACCCAAUGCCCCCUGAGUUUUGGAUCCUUCCUUCAUUUCUUCCUAUGCAUCCAGCUAAAAUGUGGUGUUAUUGUCGAUUGGUAUACAUGCCUAUGUCUUACUUGUACGGGAAGAGAUUUGUGGGUCCGAUCACACCACUCAUCUUACAGUUGAGAGAAGAACUCCAUACUCAGCCUUAUGAAAAAAUUAACUGGACGAAAUCACGUCACCUAUGUGCAAAGGAAGAUAUUUACUAUCCCCAUCCUUUGAUACAAGAUCUGAUAUGGGAUAGCUUAUACAUAUUUACCGAGCCGCUUCUCACUCGCUGGCCUUUCAACAAGCUGGUCAGAAAAAGAGCCCUUGAAGUUACAAUGAAGCAUAUCCACUACGAGGAUGAGAACAGUCGAUACCUAACCAUUGGGUGUGUGGAAAAGGUAUUAUGUAUGCUUGCUUGUUGGGUGGAAGAUCCAAAUGGAGAUGCUUACAAGAAGCAUCUUGCAAGGGUCCAAGAUUACUUGUGGAUGUCAGAAGAUGGAAUGACCAUGCAGAGUUUUGGUAGCCAAGAAUGGGAUGCUGGUUUUGCCGUUCAAGCUUUGCUUGCCGCUAACCUAAAUGAUGAAAUCGAACCUGCACUUGCCAAAGGACAUGAUUUCAUUAAGAAAUCUCAGGUUACAGAGAACCCUUCUGGAGAUUUUAAGAGUAUGCAUCGUCAUAUUUCUAAAGGCUCAUGGACCUUCUCCGAUCAAGACCAUGGAUGGCAAGUUUCUGAUUGCACCGCUGAAGGUUUGAAGUGUUGUCUACUUUUAUCAAUGUUGCCUCCAGAGAUUGUGGGGGAAAAGAUGGAACCAGAAAGGUUAUAUGAUUCGGUCAAUGUCUUGUUGUCGCUUCAGAGUAAAAAGGGUGGUUUGGCAGCAUGGGAGCCCGCAGGAGCUCAAGAGUGGUUAGAACUACUCAAUCCCACUGAGUUUUUUGCGGACAUUGUUGUUGAGCAUGAAUAUGUUGAGUGCACUGGAUCAGCAAUUCAAGCUUUAGUUUUGUUCAAGAAGCUAUAUCCAGGGCAUAGGAAGAAAGAGAUAGAGAAUUUCAUCUCCGAGGCAGUUCGAUUCAUUGAAGAUAUACAAACAGCCGAUGGUUCAUGGUAUGGAAACUGGGGAGUUUGCUUCACUUAUGGUUCUUGGUUUGCUCUUGGUGGUUUAGCAGCUGCUGGCAAGACUUAUACCAAUUGCGCUGCUAUUCGCAAAGCUGUUAAAUUUCUUCUCACAACACAGAGAGAGGAUGGUGGGUGGGGGGAGAGCUAUCUUUCAAGCCCAAAAAAGAUAUAUGUACCUCUCGAAGGAAGCCGAUCCAAUGUUGUACAUACUGCAUGGGCUCUUAUGGGUUUAAUUCAUGCCGGCCAGGCAGAGAGAGACCCUACUCCUCUCCAUCGUGCUGCAAAAUUGCUCAUCAAUUCCCAGUUGGAAGAAGGCGAUUGGCCCCAACAGGAAAUCACAGGAGUAUUCAUGAAAAAUUGUAUGUUGCAUUACCCAAUGUAUAGAGAUAUUUACCCCUUGUGGGCUCUAGCCGAGUAUCGUAGACGGGUUCCAUUGCCUUCCACUGCAGUUUAACUGGAAAAUAAGCUAUAAGCUAUGAGUACAAAAAGAUGACAAAAUCAGUAAAAUAAAACCAAAUAAGUUGGGCAGUCAAGCCUAUUUUCUACAUGUGUUGAUUAAUUUUUGUUUUAUGUUAGCUUAUGGUAUGUAUAGUAUAGAUGGAUGUGUUCUUCCACGUUUUCAUUUCUAAAAUGGAUGUCUAGCUCCAGAAAGAAUGAUCAGUUCAAACAACCAAAAGAAAAAAGUUGGCCAUGUUUGCCGUAGGGAUAUAUAGCAACAUUCAAGCAUAGGUAGAAUAUUUACAUAAUUCAUUUUAAUAAUAUAUUCUUAUUUCCUCCUAUAAA